CACCAUCCACCAUUACCACACUGUACUACGCCAUACGAAUCGUACGUGUAUGGCAGGUGUCAACGAGGAUUGCAGGAGGAUGCGCGCUGCCAAGGUUCCAGCUAAGGCGACAACAGCUGCUGUCGCCGACAACGAUGCUCUGGAGCAAAGCAGGAUACCGCGCCUUCGCAGGGCGUCUAGGUCUACGUCGCAGUGCCUGUCUAGCGUCAGCAGUUCAGCCAACAGCUCGGAUGCGGAGGCCGGGCACAUCUACCCGGGCCGCGGGGCUAAGCGCGAGAUUCCGCAGUCACGUCACGCUGUCGUGAUCGACCAUCAGGGCGCUGGCAAGGUGGUUCAUAAGCCGGAUGGGACCGUCGUUUGGGAGCCUGCGCCGGAGUGUGCUGACGUCAGCGGUUCGGGCGUGUCGCGCAACCCCCCUCUGCGCGACGAGCUGCUCAAGGUGCUGGGCACCACCUUCCUGGCGCUCAGCUGCGGCUCCGGGGUGGUGGGCUUCAUGGCGGCGCACGUGGCGGCGGAGUCGGCGGGUCAGCCGUUCUGCCUCACUACCAAGGAACUUGCGGAGGGCGUCUCUCGUUACGUCGCCGGCUGUGUGGCGGGAAUGGCGACAGGGAUGGUCUUGGGUCCUCUGUUGGCGGUUAGGUCGUUGGCGGGUGCACUUGUACGGCCCGCGGUGGUUGGCCUGUUACUGCACCAGGGUAUCACCCGCAUUGCCAGGUGGCGGAGCGGGAUUGCGAGCUUGCUCCGCAAGCUUCAGUCUGGUGACCCCUCCCGGGUCCUGGACGCGCUGAGGGCCAUCAUCUCGGCGGCCAAGAGGAACCCCCGCUUUGCAAGGGAGUUCAAUAAGUUGCGGGGUAUCGAGGUGCUCCUGCAGCGCCUGUCAGCCGCCCUGCCGGACUGCCCUCUGCUGCACCUCAUUGCGCAGGCUUUAGCUGAGCUGUGCAAGGACCAGGAGUGCAAGGACGCGCUGGUGGCUGCCGGCGGGGUUCCCCGCCUGGUGGCGCUCCUGCACUCCCACAACCCCGUCAUCAGCGGACACGCCCUCUCAGCCCUGGGGCAACUGGCCGACCAUGCGCUGGCGGUGGAGGGAAUCAGGGAAGCGGGUGGUCUGUUCCGCCUCGUGGAGCUCGCGGCAGCUGCCGUACCACCAAGUACGACAACCGCCACAAGUGCCACGACUACUGGGGUUGUGGGUGUGGCGGCUGUACCCGUGCCCGUGCUGAUGACGGCGGGCGGCGGGUACGACAGGCGGGCGGUGCUUCUGCCCGCUGUGAAGCUGCUGCAGGCCCUGAGUCUGGACCCGGGCAGUAAGGUCGCCAUCGGUACGGCAGACGCCCCCCCAGCGGGUGUUCAGGAGGCGGGAGACGGAGUUCGCGAGAAGAUUGAUUGUUGGCGGCUAAUCUUAAUGGGACGAGAUGCCCAGUGCGCGUUGAAGCGCCCCACUGUAGGUUCCUUGAUUUUGGAGGUCGUACUAAGGAGCGUGGACAAAGCCGCGCGAUGUUGUUCAUGGGUGCUCCUUUGCAUCCGGAAAUGUGAGGGGCCCCUGGUGGGAUUGGCCACUCAUAGUUCGGGGAGGAGCAGCCGGAGUAGCGGUAAUACCACUCAGGUGUUAGGGUGGUUGCCCUGGUGGGGGGGGGGCACCGCGCCAGCUCAGGAGAUGGGGCGGGAGGAUGUGGCGGCUCGAGAAGAGGUGGGGACGAGGAGGCGAGGAGGAGGGGAAGAGGGCGAGAGAGGUGGUUUGGAGGAGGUACGGCACCUGCCUGAGUUGGGUCCCACACGGUGUUCCGACUCUGCCCAGUUGGUUGAUCCGGUCAAGACACCGGUCCGAUAUCAAACGACGCCGCAGUUCGCUUCAGGGGUGGAUCUCUUCGAUGCAGUGUGCGCGCUGCCCUUUUAUGCUUGUCCUCAUUUCGCGCCGACUUCAAGCAGUCCUGGUAACACCGAAUACCGCAACCGAGCGGCCUGGCAACACCCUGAGGUUGCCGCAGCCUCUGCCAUUCUUCCGCUCCUCAUCACGCUCUUCUUGCGACCGUUGUCGGUUACCGCUUCCGGUCGCUCUCUGUCGGCUACGACUGUUAAACUUACAUAUAAUAGCUCAACCGGCAGCCCGGCCCAAGCAUCAACUGGCGGCGUGUCUUCAUCCAAGAGCAGCAACGCCGUCAGCUCCCAGCCCAGUGGGACCAUCACAUCAGUCACAAAUCCUCCUGCAAGCGACCUGAUCGCUUCCAUUAACGGUGGCGCGGUAUCCGUCCUGCCGGCCGGAACCAUCACGCACAUCACCGAUCCGGACACUGGCGGCUUGGCGUCCGGCUGGCGGUCAGCGUCACUUGGCUGCGUUGAUUGCAACUUUACUGACGUCAUUCGGCGCCGUGCCGCCGACAACGCCAGCAUAUAUGCCGAGAUCGCGCCUUGGGCCGCGCUGGUCUUCGAGACCGACGGUGCAUUCUCGGGCAGCAGUGUGCUGGACAUGUGGGUCAAGGGAGCGGGCGUGGCGCGUGUUGCCUUGUACCUGAAGGACACUCGACAGCGUCGUCUGAGCGGUGAAGUCCAGUACUCGAGGCUGGACAGCACCAUUGCCGACCAGCAAGGCGUGGUUGUUCUCGGGUCGGACGACGAGGGCUGGAUUCGGUUCCAGAUCUCCCUGGCGCAGCUGGCGACCAUCCCUGGCACUACCAUUACCCAGAUUGCCGACAUUAGCGGCUGGAACCGCAUCGUCGUGAGGGACGUCAGCGGCAUCGGCUUCAAGCUGCAGCUGAGUUCCGUGCGCCUCGUGUCCCUGGGCUUGUCGGCGUCCGAGUGGAACGGAGUUGACUUGGCGCCGCUGCAGUUGGGCAUGCCAACCCCGGCCAAGCUGCCUGUGCUCAACAUAGAGACCACUCAGAACGACCAAGCAGCCCCUGCGCAGCAGAAGUACAUUAUGAAGCUGAAGUCCACGGCGAACUUAGGCACCCUCAAGUCCAUUUGCCAGGAGUUGGCUGGCGCGAUGCCCCAGGGCGGCUCCCGCUUCCGCGGCGCCUGUGAUUCGUUCACCCUGGGUGCCGUCUUCGACCUGAGUAGCCCCGACGCAGCGCCCCUACCGUGGUCCUUCCAGUCCUUCACAGUCAACUCGCAGGUUGACUUGGAGCGAAUGCGCUCCACGCUGGGCGCGUCCCUCGAGUAUAUGGAGGUCGACCUCCAGGCUUCCCUCGGCGUCGUAACCACGCACUCGAACACCGCUAACGGCACUAGCUCCAAUCCUAGAGGCGGCCCUAAUGCGGGUGUCGGUCCUAAACCGGUCCCGCGGGAGGACUGCGUCUGCGCCGAGGUGUACAAGCCGGUGUGCGGUAGCGAUGGCCAGGACUACAGCAGCGCCUGCCACGCCUGGUGCGCGGGCCUCACCAGCUGGGCGGCCGGCACUUGCAAUGGCACUGGUGUGGAUGAUGCUUCCAAUGGUGGUUUCCGAUCUGCAGAGACUUCCGAGUCUAACCCACGGUCGUGGGGUCUGGACCGCAUUGACCAGUUGAACCUGCCUUUGGAUAACGGUUACCGACCAGGACGCUUGGAUGGUAGUGGGACGCACGUCUUCAUUCUGGACACCGGCGUGCGCACCAGCCACGUUGCCUUCUAUGGCCGUGUCGGCGAGGGCACGUCCUUUGUGGGCAACAGCUACCAAGAUGACAACGGUCAUGGCACCCACGUGGCUGGCACGGCCCUAGGAGCUGUGUACGGUGUUGCCCGCAACGCGAUUCUCCACCCUGUCAAGGUGCUGGACUCUUCGGGCAGCGGCUCGUACUCGAACAUCAUCGCCGGUCUCGGCUGGGUUAAGGAUUACGUGGGCCGCAAUGGUAUCCGCCAGGCGGUGGUAGGCAUGUCUCUGAACGGGCCCCGCGCCGCCAGUUUAAACGACGCUGUGGCCGACCUUACCAACGCGGUUUUCUGGAUGGUUGGGUCGCGUGAUGCUCGGUUACCGUUCUCGUUGCACGCCGGCGUGGUCGUCGUGGUAGCGGCUGGCAACAACAACGGCGGGGACACUUGCAGCUACAGCCCCGCCUCUGCUCCGUCCGCCAUCGCGGUUGGUGCGACCAACAAGGAUGACUCGCUGGCAUCCUUCUCAAACGUGGGCAGCUGCGUCUUCACCUUCGCACCCGGGUCGUACAUCGUGUCGGCCAGUUACUCUGGCGACAACAUGGAGGCGACCAUGUCGGGCACAAGCAUGGCAGCCCCGCAUGCUGUUGGUGUGGCGGCGAUGGUUCUGCAAGACAGGACGUCUUGCACCCUCGUCCUCCACGCCGGUGCCAACCGCUCCGGCUACCCCCACACCGACGGUUGCACCGACGCCUACCGCUGCGCCAGCCCCUGCACCGACCGCAACACCCACACCCACACCGACGCCAGCGCCGAACUCCGGCAUGACGUUGCCUGGUGGCGUCUUCACAUGGCCGUGGUUUUCUACCCCUACCCCCACGGCGGCGCCCACGCCCACACCCACGCCUACACCCACGGCAACUCCAAAGCCUACCUCCAGUCCAGCGGCUGCACCAGCGCCAUCUUCGACGAAUACGCUGUUUUAUAA